CGCAUGCUUAUGCUUGUUGCAGACAAGAGAACCGUUUCACUUUGCCACCUCUGGAGUCAUUGCUGGAUACGUCCUUGUGUAUUUUUUUUAAAUUUUGAUUAAUCAUCAUCAUCAUCAUCAUCAUCAUCAUUGCCAUCAUCAACAUUAUUUUCACCUGUCGGUCUUCUGGUAAAAUCAGACCAUGCUGUACCUUACGCAACUAACCGGUCUGGUGUUUGUUGCACUCAUAAAUGGCGAAGUGGCUGCAGAUUGUCCUGCUGAGCUCAAUGACCUUGAGCUGGACCCUCCUGAGCUGGUAGUACGAUACGGAGAGCCGGUCUCAGUGAGCUGCCGUUCCCUCUCCAACUACACUCAUCUGAACUGGAGCGUUCCACUGGAAACUGUGUCCAGUCUUUAUAAUCAGACCGUCACCUGGGAAACAGACAGUCUGACCGACUGGGAAAUCCAGCCUGAGUGCUACAUGAUCCUGGAUGAUGUACAAUGCAGCAAAACUCUCCCACUUACCGUUUACAAGCCUCCAGACCGUGUGUUGAUCAGCACUGUGGGUCACACAGGGACAAUGACUGAAGGAAAACUGUACGAGCUCCAGUGUGACAUUCAGAAUGUUGCUCCUGUUCAUCUCCUCACUGUGAACUGGUACAAAGGACCCGAUCUAGUGAACAUCACAAACUUUACUGACAUUUCCACUAAGAUUCCAGUGAAUCAGUCCACCAGACUCAAGAUCUUCCCCAGCAGAGAUGAUGAGGGAGUUCAGUACAGCUGUGAGGCGAAGCUGAAUCUGGGACCUAAGCCUUCAAAUAUAUCAGAUCCUCUUAUCAUAACCAAAGUGGCUGCAGAUUGUCCUGCUGAGCUCAAUGACCUUGAGCUGGACCCUCCUGAGCUGGUGGUACGAUACGGAGAGCCGGUCUCAGUGAGCUGCCGUUCCGCCUCCAACUACACUCAUCUGAACUGGAGCGUUCCACUGGGAACUGUGUUGGGUCCUGAAAAUCAGACCGUCACCUGGGAAACAGACAAUCUGACCGACUGGGAAAUACAGCCUGUGUGCUACAUGAUGCUGAAUGAUACACAAUGCAGCAAAACGCUCCCGAUUACCGUUUACAAGAUUCCAGACCAGGUGUCUAUCAGCAUUGUGAAUCAAACAGGGCCGAUGACAGAAGGAAAAAAGUAUGAACUCCAGUGUGACAUUCAGAAUUUCGCUCCUGUGAACGUCCUCGCUGUUUCCUGGUACAAUGGAGACAAAUCACUAAAAAACAGAGGAUUCACAGACUUGCCUACAAAAACUCCUAGUAAUAAGACUGUUACACUGAAGGUCAUCGCCAGCAGAGAUGAAGGUGAAGCUCAGUACAGAUGUGAAGCAAAGAUGAAACUGGGACUAAAAGGAUCUCAGUCCCCACCGAUAGUGAAAUCAAAUCUUCUCGACGUUGCAGUUCACUCCAAACCCGUAAUAACUUGUUCAGAUUGGUCUCCUAUGAUAAAUACCACCUUGGACUCUUAUCCUUAUAAUGUUACGGGAAAUCCAUCUCCAAAUAUCACCUGGUAUCGAGACAAAUCACCGGUCAGCACUAGUACACGUCUCAGCAGGAACGACUCGGGCCAGUAUCAAUACGUUGCCUCUAAUGUGAUAGGAAAUGCAUCCUGUGUCACAAAGAUCACAGUGGAGUAUGCUCCUACAUUUACAUGUCCUGCACACUAUGAGGGGAUGGAGCAUGAGUCCUUCUUAGAUAAAUGUUCAGUUAUGGCUUCUCCUACAGCAGACAUCACCUGGGAAAAAGAUGGGAAAAUAGUGAACCUUCUUCAUAAUCUCGCGGUUGAGGAUAGCGGCUCAUAUUUGAUAACAGCCGUGAACAAGCAUGGAACUGAGAAACACAAUUUGACCAUUAAUGUUCUGUGUGAUUGUCCCGUUAAAAUACAGCCUGUUAAAUUAGUGGUGGAGUUUGGAGAUUCAGUCUCAGCUAACUGUUCUACAACCAUCGCCCACAAAGGCAUGGGCUGGGAGGCAUCUGACGGAGCAGUAGACUUGAUGGAAGAUGUUCACUUCGUCACCUGGAGGGUAGAGAACCUCACGCACUGGGACAUAAAACCAAUUUGCUUCAUAAAUAUAAACACCGGGCAGCGCGAACUCGGGCUCUCAGUUACUGUUUACAAGCAUCCAGACUGGGUGUCCAUCAGCACCGUGAAUCACACAGGGCCGAUGACUGAAGGCAGAGAGUACGAGCUCCAGUGUGAUGUUCAGAAUGUUGCUCCUGUUCAUCUCCUCACUGUGAACUGGUACAAAGGACAACAUCUAGUGAAAAGAGAAAGCUUUUCUGAUGAGACCGUAAAGCCAGCUGAUAAAACCACAACACUUCAGAUCUCCCCGAGCAGAGAUGAUGAUGGAGUUCAGUACAGAUGUGAGGCAGAACUGAAUCUGGGACCAGAAGGACCUCAACCUCCUCCUAAAGUGACAUCAGAUCCUCUCAACAUUGCAGUUCACUACAAACCCGUAAUAACUUGUUCAGAUUGGUCUCCUAUGAUAAAUACCCCCUUGGACUCUUAUCCUUAUAAUGUUACGGGAAAUCCAUCUCCAAAUAUCACCUGGUAUCGAGACAAAUCACCGGUCAGCACUAGUAUACGUCUCAGCAGGACCGACUCGGGCCAGUAUCAAUACGUUGCCUCUAAUGUGAUAGGAAAUGCAUCCUGUGUCACAAAUAUCACAGUGGAGUAUGCUCCUACAUUUACAUGUCCUGCACACUAUGAGGGAAUGGAGCAUGAGUCCUUCCUAGAUAAAUGUUCAGUUAUGGCUUCUCCUGCAGCAGACAUCACCUGGGAAAAAGAUGGGAAAAUAGUGAACCCUCUUCAUAAUCUCGCAAGUGAGGAUAGCGGCUCAUAUUUGAUAACAGCCGUAAACAAACAUGGAAUUGAGCACCACAAGUUGACCAUUAAUGUUUUCUGUGAUUGUCCAAUUAAAAUACAGCCUGUUAAAUUAGUGGUGGAGUUUGGAGAUUCAGUCUCAGCUAUCUGUUCUACAACCAUCACCCACAAAGGCAUGGGCUGGGAGGCAUCUGAGGAAGCAGUACACAUGAUGCAACAGGUCCAGAACAUCACCUGGAGGGUAGAGAGCCUCACGAACUGGGACAUAAAACCAUUUUGCUACAUAAAUGUAAACUCCGAGCAGUGCGAACUCAGCCCCUCAGUUACUGUUUACAAGCGUCCAGACUGGGUGUCCAUCAGCACCGUGAAUCACAAAGGGCCGAUGAUUGAAGGCAGAGAGUACGAGCUCCAGUGUGAAGUUCAGAAUGUUGCUCCUGUUCAUCUCCUCACUGUGAACUGGUACAAAGGACAACAUCUAGUGAAAAGAGAAAACUUUUCUGAUGAGACCGUAAAGCCAGAUAAUAAAACCACAACACUUCAGAUCUCCCCGAGCAGAGAUGAUGAUGGAGUUCAGUACAGAUGUGAGGCAGAACUGAAUCUGGGACCAGAAGGACCUCAACCUCCUCCUAAAGUGACAUCAGAUCCUCUCAACAUUGCAGUUCACUACAAACCCGUAAUAACUUGUUCAGAUUGGUCUCCUAUGAUAAAUACCCCCUUGGACUCUUAUCCUUAUAAUGUUAAGGGAAAUCCAUCUCCAAAUAUCACCUGGUAUCGAGACAAAUCAUCGGUCAGCACUAGUACAUUUCUCAGCAGGAACGACUCGGGCCAGUAUAAAUACGUUGCCUCUAAUGUGAUAGGAAAUGCAUCCUGUGUCACAAAGAUCACAGUGGAGUAUGCUCCUACAUUUACAUGUCCUGCACACUAUGAGGGGAUGGAGCAUGAGUCCUUCUUAGAUAAAUGUUCAGUUAUGGCUUCUCCUGCAGCAGACAUCACCUGGGAAAAAGAUGGGAAAAAAGUGAAACCUCUUCAUAAUCUCGCAAGUGAGGAUAGCGGCUCAUAUUUGAUAACAGCCGUGAACAAGCAUGGAACUGAGAAACACAAUUUGGCCAUUAAUGUUCUGUAUCUUUCUGAAAUUCAGCUGGACAAGCCCUCACAAGUGGUGAAUGUAGGCACCGAUGUGUCUCUGAGCUGCACUGCAGAGGGGAAUCCAGAACCUGAAGUGACAUGGAGCUUUCAAAAUCAAUCUAAGACCACUGGGAGGCGUCAGAUAACGCUAAACGUUGCUAAAGCCAAGGCUACUGAUGCUGGUGAAUAUACGUGCACUGCUAGUAAUAAACUUGGGAGGAACACGAAGAUAGUCACACUGACGGUACAAGAAAGCAACCUUCGAACAGCAAUAAUUUGCUGUGUGCUUUUAUUAUUAGUUUUACUCAUUAUUGUAUAUGUAAUUUUCAAGUAUGUCAAUCACAGACGAUCUGGAACGUACAACAUACAGGCUAAUGGUGCGGUCAGUAUGGCACUAUUGAACCAGAAUAAUGAAAGAUCAACAAACAACAACAACAACAACACAAGAAUUUGACUCAUAGGUAAAGGUACCUCUGUGUGAUUUUAGAUUUGUGCUAAGCAUUUGUGCUUCAUACGCAAGGACUGCCUACUGCUGGAAUGGAGAUAUGUUUGCUUCGUUUAUGCUUUAAUCUUUUGUAAACACAUUGGAGUGAACCAAUUUCAUAUUGGGCGAUGAUGUGGAGAGAAAUUUCUGCGCUCAGGAGGCAUAAAAAAAUUAAUGAUCUUUAAGCGUAAACAUAUAUAUAUAUAUAAAUAUAUAUAUAUAUAUAAAUAUAUAUAUAUAUAUAUAUAUAUAUAUAUAUAUAUAUAUAUAUAUAUAUAUAUAUAUAUAUAUUUAAACAUAUAUAUAUAUAGCUCUGCUGAGAAACAAAACAAUAGAAACCAGCACAAAAAUUCGGUUUCCACUACAAGUACAACUAUAAACCAUCAGCUAACCAUUGAAACCAUUACCAUAACUGGUCCUUAAUGGAGUCCCCCCCGUGGCCCUGUGUGUGCAGAGUUUGCAUGUUCUCCCCGUGCUGUGGGGGUUUCCUCCGGGUACUCCGGUUUCCUCCCCCAGUCCAAAGACAUGCAUGGUAGGCUGAUUGGCGUGUCCAAAGUGUCCGUAGUGUAUGAAUGGGUGUGUGAGUGUGUAUGUCAUUGUGCCCUGCGAUGGAUUGGCACCCUGUCCAGGGUGUACCCCGCCUUGUGCCCAAUGCUCCCUGGGAUAGGCUCCAGGUUCCCCGUGACCCUGAAAAGGAGUAAGCAGUAGAAGAUAGAUGGAUGGAUGGAUGGAUGGUCCUUAAUGGUAUUCACUUGACAUAUCAUGCCACCAAUAGAAGGCAACAAAUUACCAGUAGAGAACCACAGGGACCAUUACAGUUUCCAUUAAAACCAAUACAAUUCCCAUUAUAACCAUUUAAACCAUAUUAAUUUGUUUCUAUUGUUUUUUUUUCAGCAGGGAGGGCUUUAAAAAAUAAUUUUGACACAAAUUUGGAUGCACACUCAAGAAAUGAUGAAUCUCAUAUAUACUGUCUUUUUUUUUGUGUGUGUGUGUGUGUGUGUGUGUGUGUGUGUGUGUGUGUGUGUUUUAAACUUUUCAAAGCGUUUGUUGUAUAUUUAAGAUCGCUUUUUUAAUUCACUGCUCAAAUUAUGUAUGUUUGGUGUGACAGGCUCAAUUCAUAAAUGAUUUCGGUUGUCUUAAUUGCCGCUUUAAAAAAAAUGUUUUUUUUUUUUUUUUUUUUUUUUUACAAUUAAAAGCAAUAUCUUAUAAAACCACAUUGUUUAGAAAACAAAAGAAAUAGCAUGGACAUAUAUAUAUAUAUAAUAGUCAAAUUUGUCAAAUGAUGCUAUAAAGUUUGUAUAAAAACACUGUAUGAAAUGAAAAUGUACUUCAUAAUGAUAUUGGUUGUGAAUAAAUUGUUCAUGCUUCAGAAAAUGGGUAAACGUUGUGUUUAUUAACAUGACGACAAUGGAGAUCACUAUUAACUACUGUCACAAAAGGAAUAACAGGACAAGUGGUGUUGUUAUAUGAAAAUAUUGCAUGUUGGGGGGGUGUGAUGCAGCACGAUGCACAGCUGAGUGCGUUAUUUUCAUAUAAUAGCAUGGUCUGGAGCGUGUUAUUCCACUUAUGUUUAACUUAUUAAUGAAUGACAUGCCCCGCAUUUUAAUGGCUUAUAGUUAGAGUUAAUGUUGUGGAACGUCUGAGGGACAAGUUAGCUCCUGUUCUCAUCGACAUUAUAGCUGAUGAAAUGACAGCGAGUCAUUUUACCGAGAAACCGGGAACGCGUACACUCCUCUGUCCUGAAGACUUUCCCAUGCUGGGAAACUUUGACUGUUACAAAGCAUUUACAACAGAGACUCCUUCCAUAAAUGUUAAAUAAAUGUCUCCCAACAAUGCCACAACAACACACGCUGUGGUAUACAUUGUAAUAUCAACUACUACUAUCAACCACAAACGAAUACUUGUUACACUUCGGGCCUUUUUGUUGUUACUUGUGUUGGGGUUUAAACUUAUCCCAAUCAGAAUAAUAACUGUAUAUUUUCUAACUUCAUAGUUUUUUUAGUUCAUAGGUGUAUAUUUUUUCAUUGUAUAGUUGUAUAUUUCUAGCUCAUAGUUGUAUUUUCCAGUUGUACAUUUCCGACUUUUAUUCUACAGUUGUACAAUUUCUAAUGGUUUAGAUUUAGACAAUUUCUUGUAUGUUUUCUAGUUUAUAUUUGUACAUUUUAGUUCAAAGUUGUAGAUUUUUUUUAAAUCUUAAAAAAAAUCACAGUUGUACUUUUUCAAAAUUUCCUAGUUGUGUAUUUUCCUAGUUUAUAGUUGAAUUUUCUAGUUGUACAUUUCUGACUUUUAUUCUAUAGUUGUACAAUUUCUCAUUUCAAUGUUGUAUGGUUUCUAGUUUAUAGUUGUACAUUUUAGUUCAUAGCUGUGUGUUUUUUUAUUUUUUUUAUUUCAUAGUUCUACUUAAAAAAUUUUCACAGUUGCACUUUUCCUAAAUUUCCUAGUUGUGUAUUUUUCUAGUUUAUAAUUGCAUUUUCUAGUGGUAUAUUUCUGACUUUAAGGCUAUAGUUGUACUAUUUCUAAUUUCAAUGUUGUAUGGUUUCUAUUUUAUAUUUGUACAUUUUAGUUCAUAGUUGUGAUUUUUUAUUUAUUUAUUUCAUAGUUCUACUUAAAAAAAUAAAAUCACAGUUGCACUUUU